AUGCCAUCUCAUGCUAACAACUUGUUGAUACAACAGUGAUUCUUUAAAAAGAAAUUAGCAACAAUGGCUGGCGAAUAUGAUACAGCAAUCACAGUGUUUUCUCCUGAUGGACGUCUUUUCCAAGUUGAAUAUGCGCAGGAAGCUGUGAAGAAAGGAUCAACAGCCGUUGGUGUACGUGGCAAAAAUAUCGUUGUUCUAGGCGUGGAAAAGAAAGCUGUUGCUGUUCUACAGGAAGAUCGUACAGUGCGUAAAAUCUGUGUGCUCGACGAUCAUGUUGCUAUGGCAUUUGCUGGUCUCACAGCUGACGCUCGUGUUCUUAUGCAUCGUGCCCGUAUCGAAUGUCAAUCUCAUCGACUCAAUGUCGAAGAUCCCGUCACCAUUGAAUACAUCACCCGGUUUAUUGCUGAUUUACAACAAAAAUAUACACAAGGACGUGGUCGUCGUCCAUUCGGUUUAUCAACGUUGAUUGUCGGUUUCGACUAUGAUGGCACCCCGCGUCUAUACUCAACUGAUCCAAGCGGUACUUAUCAUGAAUGGAAGGCAAAUGCGAUCGGCCGACAAGCCAAAACUGUUCGAGAAUAUUUAGAAAAGUCUUAUACAGAAACAAUUUAUGAAUCCAAUCAUGAGUCAAUCAAACUGUGCAUUCGAGCAUUACUGGAAGUGGUGCAGAGUGGAUCGAAGAAUGUGGAAAUUGCGAUUAUGGCAAGACACAAACCAUUGAAAACGCUGAGUGCCGAGGAAGUCGAAAAGUACAUAGCUGAAAUCGAGAAAGAAAACGAAAUCGAAGCAGAAAAGAAAAAGCAAGCAAAACAAAUCGGUAGUGGAACUACAACUUCAUCCACAUUAACAAGCCAGACAUCAAGAAAAGAAUAA